AUGGGAGAUGAGAUGCUGGUGGAUUCGGAAGAGGGGCUGAAGGCAUUGAUUCACGAUUGUCGGCCACAAGAGCAGUAUACCUUCUUGAUGGAAGCUCUUUGCAACGAAAUGCCCAACGACGUGAAGACGAAGGCCAUUUCGCUGUUAAAGGCGGCCAUCUUGGGCAUCAAAGCAGAGAAGCGCUACAUGUAUUUGAGUUCGUGUCUCCCAACACUCUUGAAGCGAUGUACUGCCUGUGACCAUGGCCUUGACCACUUUGUGGAACGCUUGGAAGCGCUCAAAGAGCUAGCGCUCAUAUUUCCACAGGCAUCAAAAGAACUCGAUACAGAAGAUGAUGAAGAGAAAGCUCGUAAAAAGAUGCAAGGCAAAGUGAUGCAGUCCAUGGUGUCUGCUUUCUUGCUGAAACUCCUGCAGAAGGCCUUUCCUCUGCUGAUGCCGGUCACGGCUUUAGAUCUGGAGUCAGCUACAGUAGCUUCGGAGCAACGUGGCAAGUUGAAGCUGUUGCACGGUUCCGGUUUUCGGGAGUCCCAUGUGACAUGUCUCUGUAAUCUGGCGCAGGCCGCAGCCAGAAGCUCACCUCGAGCGAUGCUGGCGCUGUUAGAAGAGAUGGAUCUGGGAGACCCCCAGGGGGAUGGAGGCGGCGACCUGGAAAUCUCACCUCUAUCCCUGGCCAUCUUCGUGCUAAUGGCCGAGCAGGUGCCCCAGAAGAUGUUUCCCUACGUCCUGCCGCUGUGCAUCAGCAAGUUGCGCCGCGUCAACGUCUUGAUGCGCAGCUGCUAUGUGCUGCUCUGCAACGCCGAGGUGACCCCCAAUGUGGUGAAUCUGGGCGACCUGGCUGGCGGCUUGGAGGAUCCGCAGGUCCUCCCGCAGGCGUCACCGUCGCCCUGCUAUGCGCAGCGUGCGCUGCUGGUCUUCGCUGCCUCCGCGACGCUGUUCUCCGGGGCGACGCUGGCGGCCCUGAAGAGUUCCACUUGCCGCUGGCAUCCCAAGCUGCUCUUCAGAAAGGUCUUGGAUGGUCUAACAUCUACAGAUGAUGUGGAGCAUAAGGCGCGCGGCAUGCUGUUUCAGAAGUGCUCGUUGGCAAUGAGAGCCUUCGACUGGACGCCACGGUCAGAACUUUAUUUGGAGAUCAUCAAAGGGAGUCGCGUUGAUGCGGUCAUUGGAAGCGUGGUCACCCUCUUCAAGGAUGACUGGUGGAGUGAAGUUACAAAGACCCAAAAGGAGUCGGAGUUGCUGGAGCUGCGAUUGCAGCUACUCAAGGCUCGCUGCUGUGGAAAGCCCUAUUGA